UAUUAGGUGUGAUGGCUUCAAGGGCCGUGCGUUGACCGAAAUUAACUCUGUAACUGGAUAUCCUUUGGAUACGUUACUCCCUGAAACCAAAGCAUGGUUACAAGCACUGGGCUUUAGUUACACUCAUCUUUCCGAAAUGCUUCACAUAAAAUUGCCACAAAAUCUUUGCGAUUUCGAUCCCAACAGCGUUGAGGUACAACUUGAUGACAAAAUUUUAGAAGCCUUACGGAAAGGAAUUGACAGAUAUAACCAAAAAGCAAUAUCAAAUGCACAAAAAAUACAAUACUUUCAGGUGUUGCCACAUGAUUUUAGUAUGGCAACCAAUGAAUUAGGUCCUACUAUGAAGACAAGGCGCAAUGUCAUAUUUGAGAAAUAUUCCAAAAUCAUUGAUAAAAUGUAUGGCAAUCGAAAAGUUUAAUAAAAAAAAUUUAAAACCGG